GCAUGAGUAAUGAAUUCAUGAGUACAUUUUGAUUGUUCUGAUGGUGACCGGCUGAUGUUCUAGUUGCGAAUAUAUUUUCAUGAAUGUUUUUUAUUUUAUAUUUUUUUUACUUUCUGAUAUGUUGAAACAGAGUUGAUGAAUUUUAUAGAUUCAAGUAAAAAAUGUCCGAAAGAUUGACACAAUUUGUGAACUGCAAAAUUUUAAGAAAUCAUAAAAUUUCUCCUGAAGACAUAUGGGUUAGAAAUGGGAAAAUUGUCGACCCAGAAAAGAUAUUCUUUGAUGAGAAAGUUCAAGCAGAUGUAGUUGUUGAUUGCAAAGGAAAUCUUAUUGCUCCAGGAUUUAUUGAGUUACAAAUAAAUGGAGGUUUUGGAUUUGAUUUCUCCCACCAUGAGCACACUGAACAAGGAAUAAAUGUUGUGGCAAAAAAUUUGUUGAGUCAUGGAAUUACAUCUUUCUGUCCAACUGUGGUAACUUCGCCCAAAGAAGUUUAUCACAAAAUUCUAAAACGCAUCAAACAAAGGAAAGGAGACAAGAACGGUGCUACAAUAUUGGGAGUCCAUGCCGAGGGGCCUUUCAUAAGUAAAGAGAAAAAAGGAGCACAUCCUGUGAACUACAUUGUCGAGCAUGAUGGGACACUGUUUCAGUUUUUGGAACUCUAUGGCAGUUUGGAAAAUAUCAAAAUAAUAACUUUGGCGCCAGAAUUUCCUAAUUCCGACUCUGUAGUAAAGAAAUUAUGUGAGAAAAACAUAGUGGUAUCCCUUGGACAUUCUACAGCCAACUUAGCACAGGGGGAACAGGCUGUAAGAAAAGGUGCAACAUUUAUAACCCACCUAUUUAAUGCCAUGCUGCCAUUCCAUCACAGGGACCCUGGUUUAGUAGGACUUUUAGCUUCUGAUAACAUUCCAAAAGACAAAACUAUCUACUUUGGAAUAAUUUCCGAUGGAAUACAUACUCAUCCAGCUGCUUUGAGGAUUGCCUACCGGGUGCAUCCAGAGGGUCUGGUGUUGGUGACAGAUGCAAUAUCAGCCUUAGGUCUUGGAGAAGGAAAAUAUAAAAUAGGACAAAUGGAUAUCGAAAUCAGGGAACAAAAUGCCUAUGUUGCUGGAACUGAUACACUCUGUGGUAGCAUUACUUCAAUGAUACAGUGCGUUAGAUUUUUCAUGGAAGCUACUGGUUGUGGCACCGAAUAUGCCUUAGAAGCAGCCAGUUUGCAUCCUGCUAGAGUUCUUGGUAUAGAAAAGACAAAAGGAACUUUAAAUUUUGAUGCCGAUGCAGAUUUUAUUCUACUAGAUGAUAAUUUGGACAUUAUCUCAACUUGGAUAGCCGGAGAAUGUGUUUAUGAAAAGUUAUAGAUGAAUGUCUUGACUCAAGAUGAACUAGAUUUAAAUAUUCCAUUGCACUGAAAGGUUCAUAUUUUAUACAUUUUAUUAUUAUGAAAAUAAAAACUAUUUAGGAAUAAUG